CAUGCGUCACAGGCGGGCGCCGGAAGUUGGUUUCCGCACAACGUCGAGCCGCUGUCCGUUUGGAAUCGCAGAGCGAGGACUUUGUCGGUACUCCGGUCUAACAAUGGACACCCAGGAGGACGUCCAACCCCCAGAGCAGCAGCCAAUAAUAUAUAUCUGUGGAGAAUGUCACACAGAAAGUGAAAUAAAAUCCAGGGAUCCAAUCAGAUGCAGAGAAUGUGGAUACAGAAUAAUGUACAAGAAAAGGACUAAAAGAUUGGUGGUUUUUGACGCUCGGUGAAACAUGGAAUUCAGAAGAAUAUCUUCGCAUUUGGAUUUGCUGUUAAUGUUGUAUAGCUUUUGAUUAGUGUACUUACUUUUAUGAAUACAACUAUAUACACACAAUUUCAUUUUAAAAACAGUAUUCUAUUUCAGUAUCUAUUAAUCAUUUCCUAGGGUUCACUUCUUUUGUUUGUGUGAUGGGCAUGAAAUUAUAGCACCUAUCUCAAAGGCUUGUUGCAAAAUAAAAUAAUUCA